AUGAAAAAUUUAAUUAAAUUUUAUUUAUUUCGAUUUUUCAUUGGUCAACUCACUUUCAACCUCGAUAUAUCAGGAAUUAAAGGUAAAAUGGAUAUACCAAAGACAUAUGAGGAAUUCAUUAUUUGUGAUGAGGUAAUGAAACAAAGAUUAUUUGCUGAAAUCACAGAGUAUUUAGGAUUGUAUUCGAACAUUGUACGAUUUUUGAAAUAUAUAUUAUUUUCAAAAAAAAACACAGUGAAUCCCCCGGCCGUACCUCAGCGUCAACAUGUACGUGCUGUUGCUCAAACUCUUCAGCCUGCUGUCGUUCAAGUUCUUCAGCCUGCUUUGACUCAAUCUCCUCAGCCUGCUUUCCCUCAAUCUCCUCAGCCUACUUUCGAUCAAUCUCCUCGGUCUGCUGUCGUUCAGGUCCAUCAUCCUAUUGGUGUCAAUGAGCUUUGCCAACUUCCUGCUAACAAUGGAAAUACGUUAUACUCACAACCAAUGUAUUCUAAUCAAUUUGAUCCAAAUACAUUUAGAUUAGUUGACCACUCUGUUUACACGACCAAUAAUAGUUUAUACAUAGCUGGGCAACUUCAAUCCCAGCACCCUCAAUAUAAUAGCAUUGGUACUGUACCAGUCAACAACUCUAAUAAUACAGCUCUAAUUCAACAAUCACCAGGUACACCAAUCCUAGCCAGAAAAGACCCAAAAAUUUAA